AUGCACAAAAUAUCAUAUGAACUAUUAUACAAACUAUUGAAUGAACAAUCAUCUGAAUAUAAACAAUUAUAUGAACAAUCGUCUAAACAAUUAUCUAAACAAUUACCUGAACAUUCGUCGUAG